CCACGUUUCCUUAUUCUGUUCGAUUGAAGCGAAUCCAAACAAGAAAUAGAUAAGCUGCCGCUACUCGGGGAGGGAGAGAGAAAGAGAGGAGGUCGAUAUGGCGCGAGCUUCCCUCCAUUUUUCGAAACCCUCGGUCGCUGCCUCCCUCGUCAAAAAUGGCGGGAGCGGAGGGGACCCCGGGAAAUCUCGGGUCCUCAUCUUGGGAGGAACCGGGAGGGUCGGUGGCUCCACCGCCACUGCUCUUUCCAAGCUCUGUCCCUCCCUCCAAAUCCUUAUCGCUGGAAGAAAUAGGGAGAGAGGUGCUGAGCUAGUCUCCACACUUGGUGAAAAUUUUGAGUUUGUUGAACUUAACAUUAACAAUGCGAAAAUGAUGGAAGCAGCUUUAGAAGGUGUGGAUCUAGUGUUUCAUGCAGCUGGCCCUUUUCAGCGUGCAGAGAAGUGCACAGUCUUGGAAGCUGCAAUCUCUACUAAAACAGCAUAUGUAGAUGUUUGUGAUGAUACAGACUAUGCACGAAGAGCAAAAUGUUUUCAUAAAAAGGCAGUAGCUGCUGGCAUUCCAGCUAUAACAACUGGUGGAAUUUAUCCUGGAGUUAGCAAUGUUAUGGCAGCUGAACUAGUGCGCUCUGCCAAAAGUGAAAAUGCUGGUGAGCCAGAGAGGUUAAGAUUCUACUACUACACUGGAGGUUCUGGUGGUGCUGGUCCAACUAUAUUGGCAACAAGUUUUUUGCUGCUGGGGGAGGAUGUUAUUGCUUAUAAUAAAGGAGAAAAGAUCAAAUUAAAACCAUAUAGUGGAGGGCUCAAUAUUGACUUUGGAAAAGGGAUCGGGAAAAGAGACGUAUACUUGUUGAACUUGCCUGAAGUCAGAAGUGCUCAUGAGAUUUUAGGUAUCCCGACCGUCAGUGCUCGAUUUGGCACAUCCCCAUUCUUCUGGAACUGGGGAAUGGAAGCUAUUGCAAAUUUCAUUCCUGCUGAUAUUCUGCGAGAUAAAAGUAAAGUUCAAAGGUUAGUUCAACUCUUCGACCCUUUCGUGCGGGCCAUUGAUGGCAUUGCAGGACAGCGUGUAUCCAUAAGGGUUAGUAGUUACAGCAAAUGCAAGAUCUUUGGCAGGGAGUGUGAAUGCAUUUUGUUAUUGGGUCGACGUUCGGUAUGCUUCUUUUCUGCUAGAAUUGUACGGAAGCUAUCAAAAUUAAUCUAUAUUGUACAGGUAGACUUGGAGUGCUCAAAUGGACGGAGUGCUCUUGGUUUAUUCACACACAAAAACCUUUCAGUAUCAGUGGGAUAUGCAACAGCUGCAUUUGUCCUAUCAGUUCUUGAAGGAAGCACACAGCAUGGUGUCUGGUUUCCAGAGGAGCCAGAGGGUAUUGCAAUUGAAGCAAGAAAAAUCCUCCUUGAUCGUGCAGCCCAUGGAACCAUAAAUUUCAUAAUGAAUAAGCCUCCAUGGAUGGUGGAAACCGAUCCGAAAGAGAUUGGAUUGGGAAUUUAUGUGUGAAGAUGCUGAAAUGAAGAUUUUACCACAACUGGGUUUCUUAGUAAAUGCUUAAGUCGCCAAUUGACAUUGAUUCUUCAAAAUCUGGAUGACACAGGAUUUGAGAGCAAAGAAGCUGCUUUAUGUAACACAAGUUCUAAUGAAAUUAAAAAUUUUGAGCAUGUGUCAGUAACUCACAAACCUCCCGUUUGUGAAGGCAUUGCUGUUUUACAUUAUUAUUAUGCAAGAAAGUGUUUCUUUACCUAGACUGGAU